AUGCCAAGUAUCAGCGUAAUGGUCACGGUUGUGGCGGUGGAGGAAGUCGACGUCCUGCAAGACACAGGGUCGCAGGUCGUGCUGCUGCUGGAAAACGUCGUGGAUGUUGACGACGUGGUAGAAGUGAUUGUUGAGCUCACCGAGGUCGAGGUCGUAGAUGAGACGGACGUAGUAGAUGUCAAGGUCCUCCCAUCGAGCAGAAUUUCGAAGGUGGGACAGAUCGUGAACUACACUCCGAUCAACCACGCGGUGAUGGUGCUCGAUGUUGUUGACGUAGUGGAUGAGGUAGAUGUUGAUGUUGAGGACGUUACAGUGGUUGAGGAUGUGGUGGUGCUCGUUAUCGUGGCUGAAGUGCUGCUCGUGACACUGGUGGACGAUGAUGUAGAUGUUCUGGUCGAUGUUGUAAGCGUUGACGUGGCAGAUGUUGUUGACGAGGUCGACGUCGUCAUGGAAGUUGACGUGAUUGUUACGGUGGACUCGGAAACUGUGCUUGUGGAUGUGACAGUCGUGCUGGAGGUCGUCGUUGAAGAUGACGAUGUAACGGAGGUUGUGCUCACAGUGCUCGUCGUCGACGACGUCGUGCCACUCCUUAGCACGGCUAUAUCAGUCAAUCACCGUGCAGUACCAUGGGUUGAGGCAAGUGUCGUCGUCGAUGUCGCAGACGACGAUGUGGAAGUUAGUGAAGUGCUUGUUGUGGUUGUACUGCUUGAAGAGGUGGUGGAGAUGGAGGUGCUCGUGGUGAGAGUCGAGGAGGUGCUGGAUGUAGUUGCAGUGGUAGUUGUAGUCACGCUGGUGCUUGUGGUGGAGGUUGAGCUGGACGUCAAAGUGGUGCUCGACUGCCAGGGAAAACGACAGGUCACACUGACGGUGGAGGUGGCCGAGGUAGUCGUGGCUGUCACGGACGAUGUCGAGGUGGAAGACUGCUUUGUUGUUGAGCUCCUUUUUACGACUGCGGGGCUGUCCUACUAUCGCAAGGAGACGGUGAUCGAUGUCGCUGUUGACGAGGUCUCCGAGACGGUCACCGUGACUUUGUCAUUUCUGGUCGAAUCGGUGUGUAAGCUGCAGGAUCGGCCAGGGUUCGUGGAGGAUCUGGUGAUGCUUGUGGUUGAAGUCGAUGAAAUGGACAAGCUCGUUGUCGUCCUUGUCAUGUCAGGAUAUCGAGAUGCCUGGCUGAAGGGGGACUUCAGCGUAAGUCCCCCUGCUGGCACAGAAGGGCGCGGGCAAAGCGCUCUUCUGCAAGAGCCAGGAUUCGCCUGGCCCGCUCACGUGGACGUGAGCCUGCGCGUGCAGACCUUGUGUCAGCAGGCAGCAUGGAAGGAGGAAAGCUAUGGCUAUGGGCAGCAGCCAUACUCUGGGCGUUCUCGUGGUCAACCAGACUGGAACGACUGGCAACCGAAGGGCAAAGGCAAGAAGUCCGGCAAGGAGGCUGCUCCCGAGCAGGCAGGUCACCAAUUCCCCUCCUACGAGAUGAUCCCUGUCAAGCAGGGAAAAGGAGGGAAGGAUGCAAGGAAGCCGGCAAGCCACUACGAGCAGGAGGUCGUGAAUGCCCUGCCCGACAACAGCGGUGGCCUGGCGAAGUAUGUCCAGAAGAUGGUCAAUGCCCUCAGAAAGGCGGACGGCAAGUUGAGAAGAUGCGAUGCCGACCAACAAGAAGCAGAGGAGCAGUGGGACAGCUACCGCAAAGGUUUGCAGCAGUCCUUCAUGAAGGAGCGCCAAAGGUACCGAGAUCGUGUUGUCCGAGUACAGGAAGAGCGCACGGAAUGUGCACAGAUGAAAGAAGAGGCCCUACAGGCUCUCCGGGACCUGAUAGUGGACCCAUCUGGCACCAUGAAGCCACCUGUGUCUGCCCCGGCAGUGGACUCGGAGGCUGCAGCGGAAUGGGACGAGUUGAUGACAGGUACAGAGGACCCCUGGGCAGCUCUUCCAGACUUGAUCACCGGUGCCCAGGAAGCUGGUGGUUUGCCACCAGCCACUCGGCAGAAGCUCCUCGGAGCCUUGGGGCUUGCAGUCCCGGAAAAGGCGGCGAAGACUCCCCCUCGCAAGCCACAUCAGCCGCCAUCGUUUUCGCCUCCCGGAAAAGGGCUUUUGUCGAGCCCCACCUUUGGCGAGGAAGGCACUUACAGUGCCGCAGAUGUUUCGGCUGCCAGCGAUCCCUACCUGACCUCCCCUGGCAACAAGGUUACCCCCCUCACGACUAUGAGGACACGGUCAAGAUCUCAGAGUGGUGCACCCCGGGUCUCGGUCAAGCAACACCUUACGGGACCGGUCAAGACAACGAGACCGGGUGCUUUGGCCGACAAGUUGGAGGAGCGAAGAGCCACCGCCAUGCAGGAGGAGAAUCAGGGGCCAUUGGAUGUCGACGAGGAAAGCGAGGAGGACCUCAUCUCGGAUUUAAAGGGAAUCCACGAUGGCUUUUUCGGUGUGUCCAUUGUUGGAAUGCCUGGCUGGCAACAGAUGCUUGCAAACCAGUAUGAGGCACAUUGGUGGUGGAAGCCGAAUGUGUACAACAGUUUUGGUGGCAGCCGGUGUGAGAUUGUUGCGGAGUCUAUGAACCUAUGUGGCAGGGGUGGGCCCUUGCUAUCCACAGGGCUUUGGCAGUGCAAGUGGGACCUGGGGUCUCAGGACCGGGUCCAUGAUCAAGAACGGCACGGCCCUCCGGGAGGCCAUGACCGCUUCUAUGUGCGAAAAAUCUUCGACGUCUUUGAUAUCUUGGAGGCGUUCUACGGGGAUGCCCUACAACAGUUUUUGGCUUGGGCUAUCUGGCAGCAGGUGAAUAUGGCCUUUGGCUUGGACCUCCAGUCGAGUCUGCAUGGUGGUGGGAAUGUUUCUGCUGCCGAGACAUGUUGGAGCUGUUCCUGUGGGUGCUACCUUGGCGAGGAAUCCUACCACGGCUACAAUUUCCGAUGUCGGAUUAUGGCUGGCCAACGCUCUAGGCGAGAGCAGUUUGCUGAAGCCGAGGCGCGGUUGGUUGCCCAACGGCCAUUGGAGCAUCUCAGUCGAGAAGCCCCCCCGGUGCGGUAUGAGAUGUCGUUAGAAGAGCCACAGCCGGACCCGGAAGCUGCGGAGGUGGCCGAUGUCCAUGUCACCCUUUGGGUUGCCUCGCCCUUCUACGAGGCCGAGAUCGUCGACAUUGAGGUGAGGCUCCCCACUACUACGGCACGACUGGGACAGGCAUUGAAGGACUCCUGCUCUGUGAUGCCCGAUUAUGCCACAGAGUUUGUGUGUACUACACCUCAGGUCGGCCGAGAAUUUGCGAGCUUCGUCGCUAUACCUCCCUGGAUACGUGAGAGCGACAAAACAGUUGUGGUGCUCGAUUGCAGUGCCAUUGACGGGGGCAUCUUCGCGACCUAUGUCAACGGCGACAUCACAAAGGAGAAUGUGAUGAUGUGCCUCGUGAUCGGACAACCUGACGGCUUGGCUGCCUAUGCCUUUGGCAGCGACAGGCGCAUGAGAAGCAGACAGAUCUACCAGCGAGUCCAGGGUGGGGUAAUCAAGAUUGUCAGGGAUGGCAUGGACCCACGAUGGACUGAUGACAUAGAGCCGCGUCUGGUCGAGCCUCGUCGUUGGAACCCCAACGCGGCCUUGCCCGACCCGGUUGCUGGUUUGCACACGGUCUAUCAGUCAGCCGACGACCAGGUUGUGCAAGAGAUAGCCUCCGACGACGAGAGGACACUUGAAGUGUCGGCUGAGGAAGCCUUGAACUACGAGCACGGUGAGGUGUGGAUUGUCGUGCCCGAAGAUCGACUCACCCACCUCUCCCAUCUGGGCAGACGCAUUUGGGGCCAGAUUGCCGUCCUAGAUGGCGUGGAGCAGAUGGCACCGGAGUCCCUGGUGAUUUUCCUAGACCUGAGGGGUCUCGCCCAUUUUCCACAGUGGGCCCAAAUCGCAGGGGACCGGUUCAGUCCUAUGUCAUACUAUGAGGGCCUGCAGGUUGGGGCCCCUGAUGGUUGGCAGCUCAUGGUGAAGAGUGGUGAGACCAUUGAUGAUACAACAGAACUGAGAGUUCGCAAUGGAGAGGUCUUGGAGAUGUUCCUGGUGUUGGCUUCGGAAGCAGAUUUGUCUAUGACUGACGGAACACUGGACAUGGAUGAGGAUGAUGAGUCGAGUUGCGAUGCUCUACCUGAUUCCAGUGAUCUUUCGUCACCAAGCCCCCACCCACCGGGUGCUCCACCCAAUGGCCCUCCUCCUCCUCAGCCAGUCAAUCGCCCGCGCAGCCGGUCCCCAAGAACGGGACGUGGCAGGCAGUCCCACCCUGCCACCCUUUGUCUUGCAGAUUGUGUGUCGAGACAGCAGUUUGACCUCACCGUGUCACGACUCUGUCUCCCACACACCUCUCAUGAGCUUUGGGGCUUGUGCAAACCAUGGCCUGGAGAUUGGUUGGAGUGGUCCAUGGACAAAGUGGAACUGAAUGCUGAGGCAAAGAAAGUGGUUGAAGCCGCCCCCGCAUGGCCCUCCCUGCUUAAGGCGAAACCUACGGGGCCCAUCCAGCUUCAUGUCUAUACGGACGGUUCGGCAUGUGAAAGAACUGGCCGGAGUGGAUAUGCGGUGGUCAUGUUGCUAAAGAUUGGUGCCGUGUGUGCCGUCUUUGGUGUGCUUGGGGGGCCGCUGGAGGGUGCGGCCUGCACCGAUUGGCCGGUGGAACAGCCUCCCGCUCUACAUGCAGAACAGGUUGCAGUAGCAGCAGCUCUCCUUUGGCUCCUGCAGCUCAGAUGCUUCAUUCCCCAGAUUGAAGCCCAGAUCUUUGUUGACUGUCUCGCAGCUGGCAGAGCUGCGACAGGUCAGUGGGCCCCGCCAAAUGAGCUUGCUAUGCACAGCCACAACCUUGAGCUUAUCCUCCGUGAGAUUGACGGCGUGCAUUUGCGGAUUCAGCACAUCAAAGGACACGCGGGGCACGGAUGGAAUGAAACAGCUGAUGCUGUUGCCAAAGCUGCAGCGAAGGGAGACUGCACCUUUGCUGAGCCGCCCAGCAGUACGAUUCAAACCUUCCUGACGGCCAAUUUGGACUGGAUAAGCUUUGAUAUUGCUGCAAGGAGGACAGGUUCAUCUCUGGUUGAGGGCGACUGUAUGUGCUGGCCGGAGCAGUUCCAUACCGACUUCCGGCUGCAACCCCAACAGCUUGUGCCCACAGUUGAUGAGGCCGGAGGUAGACCCGCUGAGGAUAGCACUGAGUUCGAGAUGCUCGCUUGCUCAUUCAAUGUGCAAGGACUUGGCGGCUCCCACAGGUACAUGGAAGAACAGUUUGACUUCUAUGGCUACAACGUUGUGUUUCUGCAGGAGACCAAGAGUAGUGACGGGCAGUGCCUCAGCAAGCGCUUCUACAGGCUGAUGUCACCUUCUGAGAGAUACUGGGGUGUUGCUGUUUGGGUCAACAGGCAGAGCGGGCUCAUGACAAUCAAUGGGCAGAAGGUUCUCCCCAAGGAGGAGGAUAUCAGUGUUGUGUUCCAGGGCCCGCGCCUCCUUGCUGUGCAAAUCAGCGUGAAGGGCCUCAGGAUCGGCCUGAUCUCGGGGCAUUGCCCGCAUGCAGGUCGUGCGAUGGAACGUGACCAGUUUGUGACAGACCUAAAAGGGGUACUAUGCCGGAUGAAGAAAUGGUCUUUGGUUGUUAUAGGCAUGGAUGCCAAUGCAAGACUCCCGCUCAAUGUGAUGCACGUCACAGGAGAUUUGGAGUUUGAUGACCCCGAUGCCAACGGAACCAUUCUUGCUGAGGUGUGCCGUGAGCUUGGCCUUUGGGUCCCGGCAACCUUUGGACAUCUCCACCAAGGCGAGUCCUCUACCUACACCCACUGUACUGGAAUGGAAAGUCGCAUUGAUUACCUCUUUUUGGGAGGGGGAGCGGACAUUCUGGGUUGUCGCAGUGCGGUAAACGCUGCCUUGGACAACGGCAGCCCGAACCUGGAUCACAAAGCUGUUACUGUCAGACUUGUAGGACGUCUUGGCAAGGCAAAGGCCCGUGCGAGGUUGAAGCGGAUCAAGUUUGACACGGAGGCCAUGGCCACCGAUGCCGGUCGUGAUGCUGUGGAACAGAUGUGCGCUCAGUUUGAGCAACCGAGGUGGGAAGUUUCCCCAGAUGAGCAUUGUUCUUUGCUUGAGACCCAUCUCCAGCAGUUCAUGUCUGCCCAAUUCCCAAAAGCUGAUGCUCUGGCAAGGGCCUCCUAUAUCCCAGAGGAGGUAUGGCGACUACGGCAGUUGAAGAAUCAACUGAAGUGGCGCACACGAGCCCGCCUACUGGGUUGGCGCAGUCUCCUCCCGGCUGCGCUCCUUUGUUGGCGAGCUGGACCUGAUACAACGGUGCUACUUGCUGUGCGCCGGCAGUCUGUUCUGUACCAGGUUGUAGCCUGUGCGAUCAAGUUUGUGACAUUGAGGAUGCGCAGGCUAAUUUCGGAAGCCAAGGAUGGUUUUCUUCGACGGGUUGCUACAGAGGGGGAUCAGGGAGUGUGUGCUAUUCUCCACCGAGCGAAGCGAGCUGGAAUUGGUGCGAGGGCAAAGGCGCCGGUACGGCGUGAAAUGCCCAAACUCCUGGACCCCAUGACGGGCUGUGAAGCGGCGACUGCAGCUGACAGAGAUGGUAUCUGGCUUCGGUUCUUUGGCGAGCAGGAAGCUGGGACGGUGGUGAAAACCAGUGCCUUCAUCGAGGAUGCUUCCGCCGGAACUGUUGAGGACAGCCCGGCUUGGGACUGGCAGCUCCUGCCCAACCGGCUCGAGAUUGAAGCAGCCCUCAGACGAUUGCCGAAGAACAAGGCUGCAGGACUUGAUCAGGUCCCUAGUGACCUCCUGCGGGUCAGCCCUAGCUGCUUUGCAGCCCUCCUCCAGCCUCUGUUUGUGAAGGCCCUGGUUCUCGGGCGCCAGCCACUGCAGUGGCGUGGGGGUGUUUUGUUCGAGAUGUUCAAGCAGAGUGGGUCUCCGGCGGAGGUUGCCAACCAUCGAAGCAUUUACAUUUCGAGCUUUAUAGCCAAGGCCCUCCACAGGGUGAUGCGCGAUAAGGUCAAGGAUGAGACCGGUGCCUUCCUUCACCCACUGCACUGUGGUACUCGACCAGGUCUACCGGUCCUUUUCCCUUCUCUUUUCGUCUUGGAACACCUGCGUAAGUGUCAACAGAGGGGACUUUGCGCUGCGAUGCUCUUCAUUGACACAAAGGCGGCGUACUACAGAUUGGUCCGCCAACUGGCAACAGGUGAUCUUCGUGUUGACAAGAAGGUCGUGGAGCUGUUUUUCAGAUUUGGUCUAGAUGGACAGGACAUUGAGGCCCUCUCCGAGUUGAUCCUCAAUGGAGGAAUGUUCAAGGCAGCGGACAUCCCCGAUCCCAUCAGGUCUGCCGUGGCUGACUUUCACAAAGCCACGUGGUUUACCACGCGCUAUACGGAUGGGCAUACCCUGUGCCAUGCCACCGCGGGCUCCCGCCCGGGGGCUUCGUGGGCAGACUGUGUCUUUGCAUUUAUUUAUGCGCGCAUUCUCUACCAUGUCCACGAGAUGAUGGAGGGCGAAGGUAUCAACUUUGACCUGCCCCUUGAUGAGAGCACGGGUGUCUUCAAACCAGCGGGUGAGUUGUCCAGGCACCCUGCUUGGGACACAACUUGGGCAGAUGACUCUGCCUAUGCACUGCAGGCUGACAAUGCUGAGCAGAUGUUGCAGAAGACAGGUCGUGUUGGAGCCCUUGUCCUGACUGCCUUUCGCUCGCACGGGCUCGACCCGAACCUAAAGCGGCACAAAACGAGUGCCAUGCUGAGCCUGAAGGGCAAGGGAUCGACCAAGAUCCGAAAACAAUGCUUUGCCAAUGGCAAGCCUGAGCUCUUCCUGCCCGAUCUGCAGGAAGCGAUCCCCAUUGUCCCCCACUACAAGCAUCUGGGAUGUAUGGUGGACCCAGUUGCCAGGCUGAACCAGGAAGCCCGGCACAGGACGGCUCUGGCUGCUACAGCAUAUGACAGUGCCAAAGACCUGCUACUGCAGAAUCGUGACUUGGCCUUGUCUACGCGAGUGGCCUUGUUCCGUACUACUGUGGUGGCCUCGUAUUUCAACCUAGAGGUUUGGUUGGCCGUGGGCCAAGCUUGGGACGCCAUGAGCGAUGCCUUUUCAAGGUUGGUGAGGCGUUUGCUUUGCAGACUCGUCCCGGACAAGGAGGUCUACAAGAUCCCCACACCGCUUGCACACAUCAUCACCGGCUGUUGGCCUUUGGAGCAGUUUGCAAGGCGGGAUCGUAUCUCUGCUUUGGUUUCUCUGGCUGCCACAGGCCCUCCCAUUCUGUGGGCGGCCAUACAAGCAGCUGGCCAGUGGGCAGAUCAACUUUGUGACGAUUUGCACUGGUUAGUUCAAGGUGACCUCCAGGGUUGGCCCUCGGUGUGUGCAGCAGCCUGGCCCCAGUGGUGGCAUCUUCUCCGUGAACACCCAGCUCGGGUUAAGAGACGUGCGGCUAAACGUAAUGAGGAGACCUUUGAGCACUACAAGACGCAGGCUACGAUUGAGCUGUGUCUUUGGUACCUCUACCGCAGCCUGCGUCCUGACCCAGAUAGUACAGAGGUGUGUGGCUCAUGGUGGUGUCGGAUGUGUGACAAGAUGUUCCGCUCGAAGGCCAAUUUGUCUGUGCACCUCUUCAAGGUCCACGGGAGAUGUGCAGAAUACCGUCGGUAUAUCCAAUCUACGGCCUGUGGAGCAUGUGGCAAGGAGUUCUGGACCUAUGGACGUGUCGAGGACCACCUACGCUCCUCGAGUAAGUGUGUUCGACAGCUCCAACGUCGGCUUCGUCCCAGCAAGGUUCUUAUGCCGGGAUACGGAAGCAAGCGAAGACGACAGAGGGAAGCGGAGACCUUCACACCCGCACCGCCCUCUGCUGCGACGGCGGAGGUGCAGUGGGAGGAGCAGCCAUGGUCCAUCUGGCAGAGACAGUUGCAUGAGGAUCUUUGCGAUACUGUCCUAGAUGUUUCCCCGGGGCAGAGCAUUGCUGAUGCUCUAUGGCGAAAGGUCUGCAAGUACCCUCUGUACACCCAGGAGAUCCAGCAAGUCGUUCACUACCUCUUUGAAGAAAUUGAAUUGGUUGCAAACGAUCGCGACUUGCAACAGUGGACAGAAAGUCAGGUGGAAGAUCUGUGCAGUGCCUUGCAACAGAUUCUUGACAGGAAGCCCCCGCAUGCUGACGAGAUCCAGCGAGGAUCGCCGACUCUGCAAUCGAGGGCAAGAUUCACAAAGUCAGUUCGGGCUUUUGACUGGGGAGAGGCAAUCUCUCGCCAGCGUGCGAGUUACGGGACCCGGGCCUCUACGCUGUUCAUUCUGACUGAUGACUGGGAAGUUGUGUGGUCACAGAACAGAGGCGUAGUGUCUCACACAACCGUGAUUCGCGACCCGCUUAAGUUUUUGCCAGAGACGUUGUGCCAGCUUUGGGAGGAUUUCUUGAAUGAAGGUUCUCCACUGCUUGAGGCACCACAGUCUUUCUGGCGACACCCGUUGGCCGUGGCUUUUGUGCCUUUCCGGGUGCUUUGUGCAGGUAAUUAG